AUGUCUGUCCUACGGUCUGUGUUGAUUGUAGCUUCUUGUACCCUCGCCAUGAUGGUCAACAAUGCCAAUCAAACUUCCGUCUCCAUUGCUCUUCCGACUAUGGCAGUUGAUUUAGAUGUCCCGGAGUCAGAAUUAACAUGGGUAGUGUCUGCGUACCCACUGAGCGCGGGUUGUCUGCUUCUAAUGUUCGGUCGAAUAGCAGAUCUCUACGGGCGAAAAAAAGUUUAUUGCUUCGGAGCUCUGUGGUUAGCAGUAUUCACCUUGGGAGUUUCAUUUGCCAACAAUGCAAUGACUCUGGAUAUUCUCAGGGGCCUUCAGGGCGUUGGAGCAGCUGCAACAAUACCAGCUUCUGCACGUCUCGGAAUUCUGGCACACGCUUUCCCUCCUUCUCGCGCGCGUACGAUUGCAUUUGCUACAUUCGCUGCUGGUGCGCCCAUCGGCGGAGCCAUCGGCACAGCUAUCGGUGGUGUAAUGGUCCAAUUGACUAAACAAACCUGGCGAUCCCUAUUCUAUCUCAAUACUGGCCUUACAGUUGCUUCCUUGGCUCUGGGCCUCUUUACUAUCGACCGCGAUCUGCCUUCAACGGAGGAUGAUCAACGUAUCGACGUAGUGGGCACAUUCCUGGCAACUGCAGGGCUUGUUCUUAUCGUCUUUAUUCUAACCCAAGGAGAGCUUGCACCACAGCAGUGGAAGACACCAUAUAUAACAGCGUUACUCAUUACGGGUGUUAUUUUCAUAGUAUUGUUUCUUUUCUGGCAGCAUUAUCUGGAACGCCAACAAGAUUCUGCCAACUCCCCAUCGAAAUGGACCCCUCCACCACUGAUGCGACUAUCUCUUUGGACUAGGGCAAACGGACGAGUUGCUGUGGUGAUGGUUAUCGCAUUUCUCAAUUGGUGCUGCUUCCAGGGAUGGUGUUAUUGGACCCAACUUUAUUAUCAGAACUAUGAGGGGCGUACCCCGAUCCUCACCGUUGUGCGUAUGGUGCCGCAGAAUGUCUCUGGUUUGAUUUGUAACGUCAUAGUCGCGUUUGUGGCAGGCCGCGUGCCUUUCAUAUACUUCAUGGUAUCGGGGACGGCACUCACAAGCGCGGCUAGUCUUCUCUUCGCACUGAUAAACCCAACCACAACGUACUGGGCUUUCGAUUUUCCUGCGGCUGUACUCUCCGUCGUCGGAGCCGACUUUGUGUUCGCAGCUGGUACACUUUUCAUUGCAAAGGUAUCCCUGCCACACGAACAGAGUGUUGCAGGUGCAGUGUUUCAAACUAUGACUCAGCUCGGUACUUCCUUUGGCGUGACAAUAUCCACUGUCGUAUAUGAUAGAGUUCUACGAGCACGGGCGGAAGACUUUGGGACUGACUCGUCAAAUGCACCCAAACCGGCACAACUGGAUGCCUAUCAGGCCGCGGCAUGGACAGAUUUUGCAUUUGGGAUCUUUGCGGCAUUGUUAGCAUUGGUAUUCUUCCAAGGUGCGGGGGUGUUAAAAGAAAGAGAGGGUGAUGCCGAUACUUUAGCGGUCCCUGAGGAUGACGUUCAGACCGAGAAAGCGGCCAAAGAACUGUCGACAUGA